GUGUUUUUAUAUAAAUAAAUAUAUUCCUUUGUUUUAAUUUCUAUUCUUUCGAAACAUCCAACUAUCUUAAAAGGUAUAUAUUUCUCAAAGAUUAUUCAGAGAUUUUAAAAUUGUCAAGAGCAACCGGUCAAAGGUUAAAUCGGCAAAGAUUUCAUUUUCGUCCAAUCAAAGCCCUACGCUAUAAUUUAAUAAACACCUGUUUCUGCGAGUUUUCAAAUUACAAAAAAUUUGCAUAAAUCAAAGUUUAUUUUUCGACUACAAGCUUCUCUUUUUGUUCUCAAUUAGAUGGACCUUAAGCUCAUUUUUAAAUAUCUAUAUAAAGUUGAAGAUAAUACACAGGUAGAUUACAAUUUUCCACCUGAGGAAAAUGGAUAGAAUAUUGAUGUUUAAAAUUUAAAGCAAAUAACUUGGACCGAGCAGCGUCAGAAACUUGCAGCUAGUUGAUAGUUGAUAAGAGUUAGGCCCAACACAAUUUUUGAAUACAAAGAUUUGUUUUUCUUUUUACACAUUUACGCAUUUAGUAGGCAAAUCAAUGUGUGAACAAUCUGUUUCGGAGUGAGUGUAUACAUUGAGGUAAAAUCCAAAUGUGGGAUUUAAUUUGGAGUAUAUUAGAGUGAUUUUUCAGUUGAUUGAAUGGUGUAGAUAACAUAUAAAUCACAUUUAAAAGCAUAUAAAUUGGAAUUAUAUUUUACACAUUUUAGAAUUUUGAGAAAAUCUCAAAAUGGAUUUCGUACAAGUAUCCGAGGAGGAGGGUGACGAGCCAAUCGAACUGCCAGCUGAGGAAGAUGGAACCUUGCUAAUAUCUACACUUCAGGCGCAGUUUCCUGGUUCUUGUGGACUUAAAUACAGGAACAUGGAUUCGAAAGCUGUACGGGGUGUUCGUUCUAACGAAGGCAGACUAUUUCCACCAAAUGUCGAUUCGGAUUGGGGAGAUUAUGUCUACUUUUGUGUGUUUCCAAAAGAAAACAAACGUAAAAGCGAUGAUAACUUGGAAAAUUCAACGGCAAAAACCAAACGUAUUGAAACACGUUUACGUUGCACUGAUUUGAUUGUUUUGGGACUUGCUUGGAAAACAACUGAAGACAGUUUACGGGAAUACUUUGAGGGCUAUGGCGAAGUGCUCAUGGCGCAAAUUAAAAAAGAUGUCAAGUCCGGCCAGUCAAAGGGCUUCGGAUUCGUACGUUUCGGUUCUUACGAAGCACAAAUGCGUGUACUCUCAAAUCGUCAUCUUAUUGAUGGCCGUUGGUGCGAAGUGAAAGUACCAAAUUCAAAGGGCAUGGGUCACCAAGUGCCAUGUAAAGUAUUCGUAGGCCGUUGCACGGAGGAUAUUAACUCAGAUGACCUACGCGAAUACUUUUCAAAAUUUGGAGAAGUGACCGAUGUUUUUAUACCUCGACCAUUUCGUGCUUUUAGUUUUGUUACGUUCCUUGAUCCUGAUGUAGCCCAAUCUCUCUGUGGUGAGGAUCAUAUUAUUAAAGGGGUGUCAGUGCACGUUUCAAAUGCCGCUCCCAAAGCCGAGCAAAAUCGGACCCACCAAGGCCAAAAUUACAACUAUAAUUCUGGAAAUAAUUUCGGGAUGCAUUCAUACCAUCCACAAGGAAAUCACAUGAACUCUGGCCGUAGCGGACAUCAUAGAGGUAAUAACCAACACAAUGCACACGGAGGUAAUAGCACUGCAAUCGGCAAUAGUCACAGCAACAUUGGCAGUGGUGGCUACGGAAUGGGUAGCAAUAAUUUUGGUGGAAAUUUGGGUGGGGGUUACACAAACGGUAGUAAUCAUAAUAGUGGUGGGAACAUGAACCGCCAAGAAGGUGGUAUGCCCUAUAAUAGGCAGAAUAAUUUUCAUGGCAUGAACCAGCCACACAAUGGCAACGUAGGCAAUGGUGGUUGGAUGAACAGGGGACAUUUGGACAUGCCUAACCUACAAGCAUUAGGCAUAAAUUCGCAAGGAUCCAGCUCUUCCAAUCAAGGGCAAAACAUGAACAACCCUUUAGGCGUUGGACUUAAUUUAAACUCAUUGCCGAUGAACCCUGCUUUGGUUGCUGCUGCGUUGAAUCAGUGGAGCCUUCUUGGCAAUCAGCUGCAAAAUCAAAACCAGGAUCAGCAGGGAGGCAAUUUUUUAUCAUGGAUGGCUCAAAACAACGGAGGGCAUUCCAACGCUUCUAAUAUGAACUCUGGCAAUCGCAAAGGUUCAAACAAUUCUGGGUCUGGCGGCAUGAACAAAGGUGAUAACUCGGCUGCUAACGAUCAGAAUGGCUGCCCUUCUGGUAACUCAUGGUCAAAUCAGAGUAGUGGCUCCCAAAACUCUGCGGAAAAAUCAAAUUUUCUCUAAUUAUAAAAUAUAAAACUCUACCCAUAUGGUACCAUUAAAAUAAA